AUGAACCCUUUACGGUCCGCCAUUUUGAGGCCUGGCCCGCCUCGAGAGGCGAACUUAUGCUCACGAUGUCUGGUUCGCUCGCGCGUUCAUCCCCCGUCAACGAUUCGGGGGUUCCUUUCGUCCUCGCGGAGAAUGGGCAUCUUAGCGAAUCAGUCCACCUCGCCGCUCCGCAAGACCUAUUUCUCUCCCAACCGACUAUAUGAUGGCUCACAAACGAAAGGUGGCAUGCUAUCUUCAUUUGCAUCCUCCAAUGCCAAUUCCCAACCUGGUCCCUCGAACUCCCAACAUCCGAACGACUCCUCCGCAUCCCCGAGUAGCUCAACUGGCACACCUUCCGACUCAAUCGCGUCCGAAUCAGUCAACAGUGAACUGCCGCAUCGCCGGAGGAAACGUUUAAAGGAACAGAACUCAAAUAAUGACCAAGCCGAGCCCUCACUCCCGCUCGAUGCAUCCGCGCAAUUGUCAAACUUCUCCUCCGCCCUCCCCGAUACCUCUCUCCGUCGUAAACUGGCCGCCUUUCUCGCCUUGACGAAACCUCGUCUUUCUUUCCUUGUUGUUCUUACCACCACUUCUGCAUACGGAAUGUACCCUUUCUCGUCAUUGCUUACCCUGGACCCGGCCAUGACCCCACUCCCGACUCUCUCCACCUCAACCUUGACCUUUAUUUACUUGACCGCGGGUACGUUCCUCUCAUGUUGCAGUGCCAACACAUUGAACAUGAUGUUCGAGCCGAAAUACGAUGCAUUGAUGGCUCGGACACGGAAUCGUCCUCUGGUUCGGGGCUUGGUCUCGCCUCGUGCUGCCCUUCUUUUUGCGAUUGGUACCGCCGUUGCUGGUCUUGGACUUCUAUACAUUGGAACAAACCCGACGACAACAGCACUGUCCGCAACUAAUAUUGCUCUUUAUGCCUUCGUGUAUACCCCACUGAAGCGUAUCCAUGUGAUUAACACGUGGGUCGGUGCGAUCGUCGGUGGUAUCCCGCCAUUGAUGGGCUGGAUAGCUGCAGCUGGACAGACAGCCACCACUGGCCAUGACACUUGGCGUGAUAUGCUGUUCAGUGAGAACAGCAUUGGAGGAUGGCUGCUAGGCGGGAUAUUAUUUGCCUGGCAGUUUCCUCACUUUAAUGCGCUCUCUCACCUCAUUCGAGAUGACUACAAGGGCGCGGGCUACAAGAUGCUUUGCUGGGUGAAUCCCGCGCAGAAUGCCCGUGUUGCGCUGCGGUACUCCGUGCUUAUGUUCCCCAUUUCCAUCGGCCUCUGGUGGGUUGGGGUUGUUGGCAACGGCUUCCUUGUUGGAAGUACGUUCGCCAAUGGCUGGCUUGUGCGCGAGGCUUACAAUUUCUGGCGCCACACGGGCAUGCAGGGCAGCGCCCGAGGUCUCUUCUGGGCAAGUAUCUGGCAACUACCUAUCCUCCUCGUUGGUGGGUUGGUGACAAAGAAGGGUCUGUGGGAUGGUGUCUGGCAGAAAAUCUUUGGACAACCCGAAGAAGACGAAGAGGAGUAUUAUUAUUCUGAAGAUGAAGAGGAGGCCGACGAAGAGGCCGACUCAAAACAAUGCGAUCGAGCUGUUGCGUCGUCGGCGAAUCGACGCAGCACAUUAUCCACUGCAUGA